CUGCCGCUGCUGCUGGAAAGAACACGACAGCGACAUCUGCAGCGUUUUGCUCAGUUAUCAAUUCGACAGUGCCGGUGGCAGUGUUUGGGCCGACCAGUGCUGGCCACGUGUUUUUUCUUGUUCUCGAGAGCAGUUUGGGACAACGGCCGAAGACGAAGCGUGUCAGGAUGGCCCGCUGGCUGCCGGUGCUGUCGCUUGCUGCCGCCGUCUCACUGACCGGCGGCAUCAUCGAGGAGCGGUUCGUGGGCGACCCGUGCACGUUGCAUUCGGGCGAGCCGGGUGUCUGCGCCCGGGCGACCGAAUGUGCCUGGCUAAGGCCCGCGCUGCGCGCUCACGAGAUCACCUACGAGCAGCUGGUCAAGUGUGAGUUCGAGGGAAACGAUCUGGUCAUCUGUUGUCGCGCCCCGCCGACCAAGUCAUCCCGGGUGGGAGUGCGGCCAUCGGUGAAGGCCUGCGCAACGUACGACGGGACGCAGCCCCAGCUGGCGUACCACAUCAUCGCCGGGUCGAAGGCGCAGGAGGCCGACGUGCCGUUCAUAGCGGCGCUCGGCUACCGGCCGCUGGCGGCCGACGAUGGCCCUCCGACCGGCGCCGGCUACCUGUGGGCGUGCGGCAGCAGCCUGAUAACGGUUCGCUUCCUGCUGACGGCGGCCCACUGCAUCCGCACCCCGCACGGUAUGCCGGUGGUGGCGCGCAUGGGCACCAUCGAUCUGCUGUCGCCACCGGUGCCGGCCGACGUGCAGGAUCGUUCUAUUAAGAACAUUAUCGUCCACCCGCAGUACCGGAACAAGUACGACGACAUCGCGCUGCUGGAGGUGACUGAUCCGUUCCAGAUGGACGUGGUUCUGCAGCCGAUCUGUCUCCGCACGGACACGGACGAGUUCGGGCCGGACAUCGUGCUGCAGGUGGCCGGCUGGGGCCAAACCGAUGAGAAGGGAGAUCCGUGCGAGUUGCGCGAUGGUUCUGCCGGCGUCUGCACCGAUGCGACCGACUGUCCCUGGUUUCUGGAGGUGAUCGUGAAGAACCGCCGCUUCGCCGACCGCGUGUCGUGCGGCUUCGACGGCCUGACCGAGGUGAUCUGCUGCAAGACGAACGGGACGCGCCCGCUGGGCGUCCGGUCCCGGCUGGCCUGCGAGCAGGUGCCCAAGUACACGUCCCGGCUGACCUUCCACAUCAUCGACGGGGAGGAGGCGAGCGAAGGCGAGUUCCCGUUCAUGGCCGCCCUCGGCUACCCGACCGACGACGAAACCCAGCAGAACAUCAGCUACCGGUGCGGUGCCAGCAUGAUCUCGACCGACUUUCUGCUGACGGCGGCCCACUGCAUACCUACGAACGAUCGGCCGACGGUGGCCAUCCUGGGCACGAACAAUCUCGCCCCCGGCAACCAUGGCGUGCUGGUUGGGCUAAAGGCGUUCUUUCCGCAUCCCGACUAUCGGACCAACCGGAACUAUCAUGACAUUGCACUGGUACAGCUCGAGCGGCGCAUCGAAAACGAACCGGACGUCAAUCCGAUCUGCCUCAAUGACGACCUGAGCGAUCUGCCCGAAGACACUGUACUGACCGCCGAAGGGUACGGCAUCAUCGAUCUGGACCGCAACCUCCGCUCGAACCAGCUGAUGAAGGUGAAUCUCACGACGGUACCGUGGCAAAAGUGUAACCAGACGUUCGCCGACAGCAAUCUGCUGAAGAACAACCGGAAGCUACCGCAGGGCAUCGUCGCGACGCAGUACUGCGCAACCGGGCGCGAAAACGAAGAGAAGAAGGUGGUGGGCGACACGUGCCAGGGUGACUCGGGCGGUCCGCUGCAGAUAAUGGACGACGGGAAGUACAAGCUGGUCGGCGUUACCUCGUUCGGCAACGGGUGUGGCAGCAACACGCCGAGCGUGUCGACGCGCGUCGCCGCCUACAUCGAUUGGAUCGAGAGCAUCGUGUGGGCCUAGUCGGUCUAGCGGAGCCUUCGCAUUUAGGAGAUAGGACGGAUUCGUUAGGACGAUAGGUAGACUUGCACACAACUGUUUGGACUGUAUUGGAGGACGUUUGUAUAGCUGUAGAGAGAUACAGCGAGAGAUAGAGAGAGAGAGAGAGAGAGAGAGAGAAAGAGAGAGAGAGAAAGAGCGCAACGGUAAGAAAGCAAUACUCAAGCGAAGCAGACGGUGAUGGCGUAGAGACGUACUGUACCCAAAACCCCGAACAUCGUUCCCCAACUCCACCCUCCCUAGACACACUGGAAAGUAUAUUAAAGUUUCCUGCAACGUAGUUCAACUCUUUGCACCUCUCCUCCCCCC